AGUUGCAAGAAACCACGACCUUCUGCUGCACUGAAAAUCAUGAUCUGGAAAACUAACCUAGUUCUAGCCUUGUGCACGCUGUGUUUUAUGGAUAAGGUGAUUUCUCAACAUUGCCCAUCACAGUGUGGUCAGUGUCCAGAGGAACCUCCCAAUUGCUCUUCCUCUGUACCAGUUGUGCUGGAUGGUUGCGCCUGCUGCCCAGUUUGUGCCCGCCAGCAGGGUGAGAGCUGCUCCCAAGUGUAUCCGUGCCAAGAAGACAAGGGUCUGUUCUGCGACUUCAGUGCGGACUCAAGAACAGAUGUGGGCACCUGCAUGGUGCUUGAAGGCAACAAUUGUGUGUUUGACGGAAAUGUGUACCAUGAUGGUGAAACAUUCCAGCCCAGCUGCAAAUACCACUGCACGUGCCAAGAUGGGCAGAUUGGCUGUGUACCCCGAUGUAACCUUGAUCUGCUGCUUCCUGGUCCAGAAUGUCCUUUCCCAAGGAAAGUAAAAGUUCCAGGAGAAUGUUGUGAAAAGUGGGUGUGCGAUUCUAAAGAUGAAGUGGCUCUUGGCGGAUUUGCAAUGGCUGCUUACAGACAAGAAGCCACAUUGGGUAUUGAUAAUUCAUAUAUGGGUGAAAACUGUAUUGAGCAGACAACAGAAUGGAGCGCUUGCUCAAAGACAUGUGGAAUGGGACAUUCCUCAAGGGUAACAAAUCGUAACCGCCGCUGUGAGAUGCAGAAGCAGGUUCGUCUGUGUAUGGUGCGUCCAUGUGAGGAACAAAAUGCAAGACCUGUGGAAAAGCAAGGGAAAAAAUGCGUAAGAGUUCAAAAGUCUUCAAAAGCCAUACAUUUGGAAUACAAGAACUGCACCAGCAUUCACACCUACAAACCUAAGUUCUGUGGGAUCUGCAGCGACGGGCGAUGCUGCACCCCACACAGCACAAGGACCACACAGGUAGAAUUCCACUGUCCUCAUGAAAAACUCAUCAAGAGACCAGUGAUGAUGAUCAAUACGUGUGUCUGUCAUCAUAACUGUCCCCAGGACACCAGUCUCCUCCAAGUGGAAAAUGCAAAGUUUCCUGGACUAAAAAAACUAAAAAUGCAAAAAUCAGUUUAUGGUGUUUGAGUGAAAUUUUUGAGUUUAGCUGCAUUUCGUUUUAUUGUCUUUUUUUAAAAGCAGAUGAGCUGCAUUUUCACUGUGGUAAUAAGAAAGAAAAGAAAAAUACAUUCAGAUGUUUAUUACAAGACAAAUAGAUAUCAUAGAAAAUAAUUUUCUUUGAAUGCAAAUCAAUAUAUUUUUAAAAGUGGAUUAUAGAAGUAGGCGAUAAACCAGAGAUGAAUAGACAUUUUACACUGAUUUGUAAACUGUAAAUAGAUUAAUUUAUAUUUUUUAUUUUACGUUUUAUUUCUGUGUGUUUCUGAAGUCUGUUUUUUAGUGAAGAGGACUAUAUCAUACUAAUUUAUUGCCAAAAAAAAACAGUUCUAUGCACUUCUGAGUGUUUAAAAAAAAUAUUUGUGUACAUUUAUUACAAUAAAAUAAUAAGUAUAGAUAAGUUCUCUAUUUUAAUAGUUAUUACAAGUGUCAUUGUAAACUUUAAAAUUAGCAUGGAAAAAUUUUAAUUAUUUCAAAACGAGAUUCAUUUCCUCUUUUAAAGUGAAUGUCAAUUUUGAUGCUAAAGUGCCCGGUUUUUAAAAAUUCGAUUAAAAACAGGGGCACUUUAAUUCAUCAAAAUUUACAUUUCACUCCUGUUGAGAAAAAAAACUUACCUUUUAAUCCUCACAGCAGCUCCAGCUUCCUCCGCCCGUCGCAAAGCCUCUUCCUGGGUCUAAAAUGAGGAAUCCGGCUUCCUCCAAUCACAGCGUUGAAUCAGACACUGAUUCCCCCGGGGGGAAGCCGUGAUUGGAAGAUGACCUAUCCAUCAUUUCUGACAUCAAAAAUGGCUAGACAUGUGCGAUUCGAUUCGGUCCGAAUCGAAAUUCGGACAAAUUUGUCGAAUUUGGAGAUUCAGAUCGAUUCGAAUUUCCGAAUUGCGGUAGUGCCGAAUCUACCGAAAAAAUCUGAAUCGAUUCGAAUUUAUUCGGUGGAUUCGGAUGGCCGUGUAUUACACUAAUAUUGUACAGUAUACUAGUGUAAUACACAGCACAUCCCACUUAACACUGACUGAAAUUCCGAAUCGAUUCGAACCGAAUCGAACCGAAUUUUCCACAAAUCCGAAACAAAUUAAUUCGAUUUCUUCUGAAUUCGAAUCGAUCCGAACCAAAAUUCGAAUCAGUCCGAAUCGAUCCGAACCGAAUUUUUCGAAGCUGCACAUAUCUAGAAAUGGCUUGCAACGACCGGUGGAAGCUGGAGCUGCUGUCAAUCAAAUUUUUAAAAACCAGGCACUUUAGCAUCAAAAUUGACAUUCACUUUAAGUAUGUUUGGCUGCCGAGGUUGUUCGCACUAAACAUGUGCAAGAAUUAAUUUUUGUUAUUCAUUUGCGAAUCAGAUAGCAGAUUUAAACUAAAUCUGUUCAAAUUUCAUUCAUUAACUAAACAAACUAAUAAACUAUUACACAUUUUUUUCUUUUCGAUUCUCUAUUUUCGAGAUAGUGGAACAUUAGUUCAUUAGUUAUAGUUCAUGAACUAAAUUUUUUUAGUUAAUGUAUUAAUUGGACAAGAUUAUUUCAAAUGGGUUAUUUGUUUUGCAAAUAAUGAAAAUGUUUUUAUUUUUUUGCACGCGUCUAUUGUACACUAUUACACCUGAUAAGAAAAAUAAUUUAAAUUUAUUAAAUUCAGAAUAGUUGUACUUUUUUUUUUCAAUAUUGAAUCAGGGAAAAAAUAUGAUCAAAGCAUUUUUUCUUUUGUUUUUAGAAAUGGGUUUUACCAAUAAAUGUAAUUUUUCAAUAAAUGUUUUUAUGGAACAACUAGUUUACCCGAAAACCCUAAAAGGACAUUAAAAACCAAACACAUUUGAUACACCUACCUGUAAUUAUGGUUGCUACCAUUUUAGAACCAAGGUUUCACUCCAAGUAUAUUAAAGGGACAGUCUACUUAAAACAUUUUAUUGUUUAAAAAGAUAGAUAAUCUCUUUAUAACCCAUUUCCCAGUUUUGCAUAACAAACUCUGUUGUAUUAAUAUUUUUUUUUUACUUCUGUGAUUAUCUUGUAUCUAAGUAUCUGAAGACUGUCCUUAUCUAAGUGCUUUUUACAAACUUGCAUUUCAGCAUUUAGUGCUAACUUAUUCAUAACUCCAUGGAAGUCAGCACAAUCUAUAUGGCACACAUGAAUUAGUACUGUCUAGCUGUGAAAAGCUAAUAAAAGGCACUGAGAUAAGAGGCAGCCUUUAAGGGCUUAUUAAUCAGCCUAUGCGCUUACCUAGGUUUAGCCUUCAACAAAGAAUACCAAGAGGGCAAAGGCAAUUUAGUGAUAAAGUAAAUUGGAAAUUUGUUUUAAUUUGCAUGCCCUAUCUGAAUCAUGAAAAUUUAAUUUUGACUUUACUUUCCAUUUAAGGAGCGUUAAUGUGUAAACAGGUCAGCACUGGAAAGGGGUGAAAACUAGAUUUCAACAUGAUGGCACCCAUUACUAGAGAGAGGCAGGAAAUACACUAUUGUUUUAAAAUGUAUUUAGUGUUUUUUGUCACUUAAAUUCUCAGUAUAGUUUUAUACCUAUGUUUAGCUUUGUCACAUACUGUUUUGUUUUGGUGUUGGUUGUUACCACUUCAACUGGAAGGUGUUUAAAAAAAAAAAAAAAAAAAUAACCACUCUUGCUGUAAAAUAUAAAUGUAAUUUUUGCUAUCUUUCCAUUUUAAACUCAUGACCUCUUGUUUUGUUUUGCAAAAUGCUCCCUGUUUAUUUAACUGGAACUGGAAGGAAAAUAUAUUCUGUUAAGCAUUUAGAAGUGUAGAAUUAAAAAAAAGAAUAUUGAAUUGUAUUUCUUUAUAAAACUUAGUAUCACUCAGAUUCUAGAUUUUUUUUUUCUCCAGAAAAUUUUAUAUAUUGUACCAUAAGAUGUUUUAAAAUGUUCUAAAAUCUAAAAGUAUAAAUUGAAACCAACAUGCAAACUUAUAUUUGAAAAAUAUAUUACUGUUUAUUUCUUUAUUUUUGUAUAUAUGAAAUUAGUUCUGUUGUAGAAUAUUGUUUUUUUACAUAAGUGUAUAUGUAAAUAUAUUUUGUGAAAAAUAAAUGCAUAUCUAUUUUGAUACUGUAUGUGGUUCCCAUUGAUUUGUAAAUACUGUAAAAUAAUUGUUCCUAAAUUUCCUUCCCUUUAUCAUAAAGUAUUUACCAAUGAUAAACAAACAUUAUCACGCAAAGGGCUGCAUACAUAGUCCCUGAGUCCUCCAAAGAAUUGCGAAACUCUUUUAAUUAAUAAACUUGUUCACAAGCAAA